AUGUUUUUCAAGUCGCUGGAUUUGACUACAGCACUCCGGCCUCUUCUGUUACCUGAUGAGACUCUUCUCUUUGUCCAGGACGCGAUCCCCAAUUAUCAAGAUGGCCAUGCCUAUCUCACAUCACACCGAGUAUGCUAUGUUGCUACUGAAGAACCACGCAAGUACUCAGUAGCAUUGGAUCUGAAGGAAAUAGAUCGUGCAGAAUAUCAGGUGCACCCGUCCCCGAUCUUAUUAGCAGGCAAUUGUGCCAUACAGGCCGGCUUUUUGAGAUCAUCGCCUAAGAUCACCAUUUACCCCAAGCCGCAAAAGGGCAAAUCAGAAAAAUCACGGAGUACAACUGCUAGCCCUGCUGUAUCUCUACCAGCGACUCCUUUCCAACCCAAUAUCGCACCGCCACAGUCUCCCAAACCAGUAAAUGCAACUUGGAUUUGUGCUAUAUGUACAUUUUCAAAUCCCGUGCCCUCAAACUUUGACCCAUUGGCAGCUACUGCAGGAACUCAUGUGCCACCAUGUCUCGCCUGUGGUAUUAAGCCGCCAUUCACAACAGUUCUCAAAGCUGCAAUUAGUGCGGUGUCAACUCAUGACUCAUUACUGCCCGAGUUGAACUCAGUCCCCGCUGAAAAUAGCACAGCUGAAAGUGCUAGCUCUGUAUUAGCUCCGUUGAAUACACCGGGGGUCUCUGUACCAUGUCUUCGAUGUACCUUUGUCAAUCAUCCAUCGCUCGCUGAAUGUGAGAUAUGCGGAGCGCCACUAACAUCUGCCAUUCCUUCACAUAUGGCCGGCCAUCAACGUCGUGAAGACUCACCAGCACCAUUUUUUGAGAGUCCGCGCAUGACAAACACAGAAAUCACUGAAAACAUUAAGCUCUCAUUUCGUGGUUCUGGAGAGAAAACUUUCUAUGAGCGACUCAAAGGUGCCCUAAUUCAACGUAAAUGGCUUCUUCAAAAUGCUCCGCCAGUGCCUCCACCGUCCCAGGCUAGUUUGACGAGUGCGCCUAACACCACGGCCUUGGAGAGUCCACAGCCAAAAAUUCGGCCAAACGCCGUGGGUAUUGCCGGAUUGGAACAGCGAAGGAUGGAGGCUCGCAUGAACAACCAAUUAGUCAUUGGUGGUGCAUUUGAGGAUCUCGAGGCGCUUAUGGCAUCUGCUAAGCAGAUUGUUGCUCUGGCUGAGACUCUCGCCCAAGAAUCUGGCAUGGUCACCCAGGAAGGAUCUGCAGAGACUAGUGCAGUUAUAUCGCAAUCAGCGGCAGCCCUGGGCAUGGUGACUACAAAGGACAUGCUUAGCUCCGGAUCGGAGAAUCUGUACCUCUCGGAACUCUCACGUGACCUGGCCGAGUAUCUCACUGAUGAUCGAAAGGGAGUUCUGCAACGAGAAGGCGGUAUCAUAAGUUUAAUCGAUCUGUGGUCGGUGUUCAACCGAUCGCGCAAUGGAGUUGAACUGAUUAGUCCAUCUGAUUUCCAGAAAGCGGCCGAGCUGUGGGAGAAGUUGAAGCUCCCCGUCCGCUUGCGUCGGUUCAAGAGCGGGCUCUUGGUGGUUCAGCGAUAUGACUGGAGCGACGAGAAGACGGUCCGUCAGCUUCUAGACUGGAUGGAAGAGCUUCGUAAAAUUCCACCAGAUGAACCCGUUCCAUGGGACUGGACUGUUUUUGGCCGGGCCGUGACGGCACAAGAGGCGGGCCAGCGGUUUAGGUGGAGUGUUGGUGUGGCUGCAGAGGAGCUGGAGAUGGCUGAAGACCGGGGAGUUUUGUGUCGAGAAGAGGGAAUUGAGGGUCUUCAGUUCUGGGGUAACUACAUGGUAACCCCAGACUCAUUUUCCAGAAUUCUAGGAGGAAUUCAAUAA